CCAUUUUUGAGCAAGAUCUCGCUUUGUGCAUUUGUUUCCGUUUAGUAUUGUGAUUGUGCUGUGUGGUAGAAGUAAGUUGAAGUGUAGGUACAAGAUGGGAGACGUGAGGCCGAAGUGUUCAUGGGCGGAGAAGGAGACGGCAGCGCUGUUGCGUCUGGCCAUCGAUAAGAAGAUCUUUGAAAAAUUUGAUGGAAAGAAAGUGACGAAUCGGCAGGUAUACAAUGACCUCUCCGUGAGCCUACGGGCCCUGAACGUCGAAGCCACGGCGGAGCAGAUAAAAAUCAAGCUUAAGAACAUGAAGAGGCUGUACCAGGAGCGGAGACGGAAAAUGUCCCGCUCUGGUGCAGCAGCAGCUCCUCCUCUGCAGCAUCAGGAGCUGCUUGAUGAGCUGUUGGCCAGUCGCCCCUCCACUGCCGCUGCCUCAGGGGAGAUGGGACUGGACUUCACCUUUACAGAGAGUGCACCUGGACCUGUAGACCAGGCCAGUGACAGCACCGACCCUUGGGAGGACUUCGGUGUUCAGUUCGGGCCUGGCCCUGCAGAUCCUGAUGAUGACACGAGCACUGUCGAGAUGGAGCCAGUGGCUGGCCCGAGCCGACUGGAAGGCCAGUGGCGCCCCAGCCGGAUGUCCCCGUACAGUGUCCCGUCGAGGCGGCGUGGAUGCUCGGGCAGCAGCGACAGCAGCUGCAGUGGCAGGAGCAGCAGCUACGGCAGGCGUGGUGGCGGCAGCGUCGGCGGUGGCAGGGGCAGCGGUAGUGUCGUCGGCGGCGGCGGCAGCGUCGACGAUGGCAACGUCGGUGUCGACGACUGCAGCGUCGGUGUCGACGACGGCAGCGUCGGUGUCGACGACGGCAGUGUCGGUGUCGACGACGGCAGCGUCGGCGGCGUCGGGCAGAGGGCCCAGAUGGAGCCGGUGGAAAGGCUGGUUACUCUGCUGGAGGCCAGCGUCGAGCGCGAUGGCCAGGCGCUCGAGGCCAUGGCCGAGAGUGAGGCCAGCAUGGCGAGGAGCCUGGAGCUGUCGGUGCAGCAGGGAGAACAGCAUUUAAACCUGUGUGCCGAGAUGGUGCGCUCCCUGCAGCAGUUCAUGGGGCGGCGAGGUCCCGGCCGCAGAGACGACUAA